AUGCUAAAGAUUUUUAAUUUUGGAAUAUCUUCUUCGGCUCUGCGAACUGAGAAUCUGCAUAUGGCUGAUUGUGGAAUUAUUGCUUACACGGCCCCAGAGUUGCUUGCGGAGUAUAAAAAUAGUAUAAAAUUUCAGGCAGAUGUUUGGAGCUUUGGCGUAUUGAUCUGGGAGCUUAUAAUGCGAAGAGAUCCCUAUAAAGAUUUGGAUUCUGUUGAUAUUAUUCGAGGAGCCGAAUGCGGUGGUCUCGGUUUACCUGUUCCAAAUAAAUUGCCAAAGGAUCUUCAGUGCCUGCUUAAGCAGUGUUGGAAGACAGUUCCCGGAAAAAGACCAACUUUUGACAAUAUUCUUGAACGUUUUGAAACGUUAAAAAAAAACGCUGUCAUCAAAAACCCUGUACAAAAGAAACCUUUGCAAGAUAUGCCAUCAGACAAGGAACUAGUUAACUCAUCUUCCCCAGAUGAAAAUUCCCACUCAGAAUGUUUAAAAGAAGAUAAUCCUGAAAAAGCUGAGACCAAAGUCACCAAAAGCCCUGUACAAAAGAAAUCUUUGCAGGAUAUGCCAUCAGAUAAGGAACUAGUGAACUCAUCUUCCCCAGAUGAAAAUUCCCACUCAGAAUGUUUAAAAGAAGAUAAUCCUGAAAAAGCUGAAGUAAAAACAGAGCGCACCGAUGAAAUCGAACGCUGGCCAUUUUCAAUUUUUGAAGAAUACUGUAUAGAACUUGAAGAGCUCGAGCCUGUUUCAAUGUAA